GCAUGACCUCUACUCCAGUAGAAUACGGUUUCCACUAGUUACCCCAGCCACAAAAUAUAAAUGGGCUUUAUCGUAAAUAUUUAUGAAAACAACCAUUUGCUUUUUGGUUCUAAUUUUAGGGUUAGGCUUGAGAUUAGCAGUCUGGUCAAGGUAAGGGUUAAGAUCACAUUUUAAGAAGAUAAAUUGUAGAAAUAGUCGGGGUUUAUGACUUUGUGGCUGUGUCACCUAGUGACGACCGUUCAAAACACUCGGGAACCGAGGUUGAAUGAAUGGAUCAUUUAAAUAUAAUUGCAGCAACCGGGAAGCAGUUUGAUUUACAAAUUCAUUACUCUUAAAUAUUACUAACUUCAGAAAAGGCUUAUGUGCUCCGCGACACUCGAUUUUCGGCGUUGAGUCCUUUUCAGCACCACUGCAUCAACAUGGGUGUGAUCGGUGUGCAGCUGGUGGUUACCAUGGUAAUGGCCAGUGUCAUUCAGAAGAUCAUACCUCAUUAUUCCUUCGCAAGAUGGCUGCUCUGCAGCGGAGGUCUUCGGUGGUACCAGCACCCUACGGAAGAUGAGUUGAGGAACCUUGCUGGAAAACAACAAAAAAACAAGAGCAAGAAGGACCGGAGGAACAAUGGCCACAUAGAUUACAAGCCUCUCACCAUUCCCAAGGACAUAGACCUGCAGCUGGAGACCAAGUGCAUCACAGAAGUGGAUACGUUAGCGUUGCACUACUUCCCAGAGUUCCAGUGGCUGGUGGACUUCACAGUGGCAUCCACAGUGGUGUAUCUGAUCACAGAGCUGUACUACACUGUGGCCCAGCCCUCAGGAGAGAUGAACAUCAGCGUGGUGUGGUGCCUGCUUGUCCUUGCCUUUGUCAUUAAGACUCUGUUCUCCCUGACGGCCUUCUACUUCAAGCUGGAGGAGGGCGGUGAGCGCUCGCUCUGCAUCACCUUUGCUUUCUUCUUCUUCGUCAAAGCCAUGGCCAUCCUCAUCGUCACCGAGAACUACCUGGAGUUUGGCCUGGAGACAGGUUUUGCAAAUUUCUCCGAAAGUGCCACACAUUUUUUAGAGAACCAGGGGUUGGAGUCCCAGGGUCCCAUAUCUAAACUCACCUUUAAGCUGAUCCUGGCCCUGCUCUGCUCUCUGAUUGGUGCAUUUCUCACCUUCCCCGGCCUACGAUUGGCCCAAAUGCACCUGGACGCCCUCAACCUGACCACAGCUAAAGUCACACAGACCUUGCUUCAUAUCAACUUCCUGGCCCCUCUUAUUAUGGUAUUGUUGUGGGUCAAGCCCAUAACCAAGGACUACAUCCUGAACCCUACCCUGGGGAAGGAGAGUGUGCCUUUGAUGACUGAGGAGACGUACGAUACGUUGCGUUUAUGGACCGUCCUGCUGCUGUGUGUGCUGCGCCUGGCCAUGAUGAGGCACCACCUCCAGGCCUACCUCAGCCUGGCCCAGAAAGGCGUGGAGCAGAUGAAGAAGGAGGCGGGACGCAUCAGCACCGUCGACCUGCAGAAGAUGGUGGCCCGUAUUUUCUACUACCUAUGUGUAAUCGCACUGCAGUAUGUGGCACCCUUGGUGAUGUUGCUGCAUACAACCUUGCUGCUAAAAACCUUAGGUGGACACUCCUGGGGGGUGUACCCUGAGGAAGACUUCCCCUGUCCGCUGGACUCUGACCCUGCCAUGGUGGCGGCACCAACUGUAGCUCCAGGGCCGGAGGUGGAGGCCCACCUGUCUGUGGCUCUCGGGGGCCUGCGGACAGUGUUCACCCCCCUGCUUUUCCGCGGCCUCCUCUCCUUCUUCACCUGGUGGAUCGCUGCCUGCCUCUUCUCCACAUCAAUAUUCGGCCUCUUCUAUCACCAGUAUCUUAUGGCGGCAUAGCAGCAUUGCCCCAGGGUCAGAGUGGUGUCCCACAAGGCUCUGUUCCAGGCUCGUUCAGAAGUGACUGUGUGGGGCAGGUGCCCUAAUGACAACUCCCCUCCUACAGCCCUGUCACUCAUGAUCCUAUCAGCAGAGCUCCUCGUUCACCCCCAGUGCUUCCUCCAUGGAUCACUCUAAACCUUUUUUUACAACCUUAUUUUUGAGAGCAGGAUUCACAAAUCCUUACCAAGAGACUAAUGUAAAUGAGAGUAAUGAUAAUAUACACUGAGUGUACAAAACAUUAAGAACACCUUCCUAGGGGCUUUCAAGCCUCCCCCUGAACGCCACACUGGCGUUCAUGACAGCAGUCAAAUUCCAUGUGACCAUUUAGUCACGGUAACUAGGCUUCUCCAAGCUCUGGUGCUGAUGGUCAUUAGUAGCCUACCAAACCUGCGUACAGCCUGGUACUCAGCACUCUAUUGUCCCUCAAGUCACUCUGACUUCAAUGCAAAGAAAUCGAAAAUCAAACACUCCAUGUGAGCUCAUGUGCAACAUUUCUACAGGCUAUGCAAUUGCGUGAGAAAACAGAGUUUCGAUGGCCUCUUUUCUUUUUUUUCACCUUUAUUUAACCAGGUAGGCCAGUUGAGAACAACUUCUCAUUUUCAAAUGGGACCAGGCCAAGAUGGAGCAAAGCAGUGCGACACAAACAAGUCCCAGUUUGGACUUAGUUCUGGACACAUGGGAUAAACAAAUGUACAGUCAAUAACACAAUAGAAAAAUCAAUAUACAGUGUGUACAAAUGUAGUAAGAUUAGAGAGGUAAGGCAAUAAAUAGACCAUAGUGGUGAAGUAAUUACAAUUUAGCAUUAACACUGGAGUGAUAGAUGUGCAGAAGAUGAAUGUGCAAGUAGAGAUAUUGGGGUGCAAAGAAGCAACAAAAUAAAUAACAAUAUGGGGAUGAGGUAGUUCGGUGGGCUAUUUACAGAUGGGCUGUGUACAGGUGCAAUGAUCGCUAAGCUGCUCUGACAGCUGAUGCUUAAAGUUAGUGAGGGAGAUAUAAGACUCCAGCUUCAGUUAUUUUUGCACUUCGUUCCAGUCUUUGGCAGCAGAGAACUGGAAGGAAAGGUGGCCAAAGGUGGAGUUGGGUUUGAGGAUGACCAGUGAAAUAUACCUGCUGGAGCACGUGCUACGGGUGGGUGCUGCUGUGGUGACUGGUGAGCUGAGAUAAGGUGGGGCUUUACCUAGCAAGACUUAUAGAUGACCUGGAGCCAGUGGGUUUGGCGACAAAUAUGAAGCGAGGGCCAGCUAAUGAGAGCAUACAGGUUGCAGUGGUGGGUAGUAUAUGGGGCUUUGGU